AUGUCCCUGGAAAGUUCGGCUCACAAGUCCAACCUCAGCUCCGCAGCGGCAAGGGGUAAUGAGAUUACUGGUCUCUCAAUUUACCACGAUACAAAUGAAGACAUAACACUUGAGAGAGUACAACAGCUCAUGUCAGAGAUGAACGCUGAUGUCCCGCAAGGUGGGACAGACAUUGUUUUCGGAGAUAAAGAGACCCAACGCCUGCGUUUCUGGGAACCCACAUCAAAAUCCUGUAAAGCGCCAAUUGUCGUCUUUGUCCAUGGAGGGAGUUGGGCAAUCGGUACUUAUCUUGACUCUGUUGGUUCAGUGAAAGUCAAAUACUUGAACGAUCUUGGCUAUGCAUUUGCCUCUGUCGAUUUCGCCCUCAUACCAAAAGUCACUGUGGAGGAGCAGGUCCAAGAAGUCGCCGAUGCUGUGUCAUAUCUCAUGAAGAACUCCCUGGCGCUUGGUAUCGAUCCUGAAGGCGUUGUUUUGAUGGGUCAUAGCUCGGGUGCCCAUAUUGUGAGCCUGGUCGGUACCGAUGCACGUUAUGCACAGAAAGCAGACUUCAAUAUCAAUCUUUUGAGAGGAAUCAUCGCGCUCGAUGGCUCAAACUACAAUGCAGCUGCGUCUAUUGCCGACAACACGGGAUCGAUUGUCACGAACAUGCUUCAUGCAUUGGGCAGCAACCCAGAGAGGUUGCAGUCAAUGUCCCCCACCUUACACGCAGCCGGUCCCAAUGCUCGAGCGUUUCUUCUUCUUCAUGUCCAGCGCAAGGGAGAUAUUCGACAGGCGGUAGAGUUUUCUAUUGCUUUGAAGGUUGCUGGCACGAAUGUUAAUUUAUAUGUCUUCGAGGGAGAGGGCUUCGAAGGGCAUGUCGCUUUACUCAUGAGACUUGGCAAUGAAGACUAUCCUGCAACGGGUGUUAUGAAGGAGUGGUUGGAGAAGUAUGCCCCAGUUAAGUAG